ACCAGAGGAGGGCAGCACAAAGACUGGUGAGGGCACACCCACCAUCUCCCUCUGCCCUCCCGUUUUCGGAUUGGCAUUUUGGGGCGUACACUGAUAAACAGAAAGAGUGACACAGAUGUCUCUGCGAUGUCUUCCGACACAUUUCACUAAUGUGCACUUGAACGCCGCUGUGUCUUGUCUCCGUGUCCUAUGCAACGUCGCAGGAAGAGCCUGUUAACGUGUUUCUCGGAAACACUGCUACUGUGAUGGAUCUCCAAAGCCGUCUCAAAAACGCACUAAAGGACAAAUAUCAUGAAACAUAUUCUGAAAACUUGCUACUUCCGCCAAGACUUUGCUACCGGAAGCUCAAUAGGGACUAUGCAUUACCUAGUUUGUAUCAGCAUGAGUUUAGAUAUGUUGAUAAUUCUGACCUUCAUACUUGGGUUGUUUUUCAAAACGUCCCGCUGGCAGAUAUCUUAUCAUGUGACUGCAGACAUGGCAGCAGCAAAAGAACAGUCAUCACUUUAGGAGUGUGUGGAGUUGGAAAAACCACAACGGUGCAGAGGUGUGCUCUGGAGUGGGCUGAGGGAAAAGCACACCAUGACAUCCACCUCCUGUUUCCUCUCACUUUCUGGGAGUUAAAUUUGCUAAAACACAAAUUGAGCCUAAUUGAACUACUCAAGAUGUUUUACCCGGAGUUGAAGGAGCUCGAUGUUUCCAGCCUAAAUGAAAACAAUGUUUGGUUUGUCCUUGACGGAUUGGAUGAGUAUCGUCUCAAGCUAAACUUCUGCUGUCCAACAGUGAGUGAUGUUUCUGAAGUGUCCACGGUGGAUAAUCUAGUGACCAAUCUGAUCAGGGGGAAUUUACUUCCCAAUGCUCAUAUAUGGAUAACGACCCGGUACGCAGCGGCAACAGAAAUCCCUGAUUGCUUUUUGCUUAAAGAGACCGAGGUGCAAGGGUUCAGUGAUGAGCAGAAGGAGCAGCACUUCAGGACAGUUCUCGGUAGUGAUGCCCUCACCAAUAAAGCCAUUGACCACGUGAAAAUAUCAAGGAGUCUUGACUUCCUUUGCCAGAUACCUCCAAUCUGCACCAUCAUGGCGACUGUACUGAAGAAUCAUCUGACAACAGAUGAUGGGUUUAAAAUCAGUCCCUUGACUCUAACCCAGAUCUACACAAACCUGGUCCAAGUAUCAAACAUGGAUGUUUUUGCCAAGCUGAAAAAGCUGGCACUGUUCCGGAUGGAAAGGGGAACCGUAGUGUAUGAGCAUGACUUUUUAGAAAGUGGAUUACGUUUCGGGGAAGCAUCAGCUCUUUCCAGAGAGUGUCCACUUGUGUUGAGAGAAGAGAAGGGGCUGCAUAAUACCACAGUUUUUCGCUUUGGUCACACAAGCAUUCAGGAGUUCUUGGCUGCAUCGUCUAAACUGGACAACAUUGAAUCAAGCUUUUAUCAGUCCAAUCGUUGUCAAAACCUGGUGGACCAGGCACUGCAGAGCCCUGAGGGAAGAUUUGAUGUCUUCCUGCGCUUCAUCUUUGGUCUCAUUAAGGAGCGUGCAACACUGGGGCCCACUGAUCCGCUGUUUGACUACACCAAGAAGAAGAUCCUGGAAAACAUUUUGUCUUACAGUGCUGUGGGUCUGUUCCACUGUCUGAGAGAGUUCGACAGUCAAGCGUUACUAAGUGAGGUCAAGUUUUAUCUGAAGACAGGCAUCUCACCAAUCCCUGAUUUCACACCAAUGCACUGGACAUUCAUGAUCCAGAGAACCACAAAUUUUGAGGGGAUGCGAGAUAGUUUUGAGAUGCAAGUGUCUAUGAGAUGUGAUGAACGACUCCUCAGGCAUCUGCCAGUUAUUUUGAAAUCAAGGAAAGCUAUGUUGCGAUUCUCGAACCUGACAGACAAGUGUUGUCCACUUUUAGCAGCUGUCCUGAGCACGAAAGAGUCAUACCUGAGAGAACUGGACCUGGGAUACAACAGCAUCAGCGACGACGGGGUCAAGAAACUUGUGGAGGGGCUGACUGAUCAAAAUUGCCGACUGAAAAUGCUGAAAUUGCAAGGCUGUGAAGUGACAUCACAAGCCUGUCAAUACCUGGCCACAGCCCUGAGACAGUCCCUGAAACUGCGAGAGCUGGAUCUCAGCGGGAACGAAAUAGGAGACGAUGGACUGAAACAUCUUGCAAACGGUUUGAGAGCUCCUGCAUGCCACUUAGAAGCACUUAAACUAUCACAGUGCAACAUUGAGCAAAGGGGCUGCCAUUAUCUGGCCUCAGCUUUGCAGAGCAACUCUAGCCACCUGAAAGUGUUGGAUAUGAGCAGCAACAUGAUCGGAGACAAGGGGGCCAAUGAGAUCUUCAAAAAAUUUGAUAUAUCACAGCUAACAAAGCUGGAGAUGUACCACUGCGGCCUCACUAGGUUAAGCUGUGCACGUAUUGGGGAAUGUCUGAAGCUUGAAACCAGCAAUCUGGUGGAACUGAAUUUGAGCAACAACAACUUGGAAGACCCAGGGUUUGCGCUGAUCUGCGAAGGCAUGUACGCCUGGUGUCGUCUAGAAAAACUCAAUAUUUCAAGUUGUGGAAUCACUGGUGUGGGCUGCUUUUAUUUGGCGAAGGUACUGUGUUCAGUCUCACAGCUCUACAGUGGGCUGAUGCAGCAAACAGACUGGCAGGCAGUUGAGCUGAAAGACCUUGACCUCAGCAUGAACUGCCUCAAAGACAACGGAGUCAAAGAUAUUGCAGCUGGAUUGACGAAUCCUUACAGCCACCUCAGAACUCUCAACCUGAGCCACUGCAGUCUGACCGAUGAGUGUUGUGCAGAGAUUGCAUCAGGACUUGCCUCAAAGGAAAGCAUCAGUGAGCUGGACCUGUCGGGCAACGCCCUUCUAGAUAAAGGAGUAAAGAAACUCUGUGUGGGACUCAAGAGCCCUCAGUGUAAACUUGAUAAAUUAUCACUGAGGACUUGUGGCCUGAGCUCAAGAAGCAUUCAGUUCCUGACCGCUGCCCUGAAGUCAAACCCCCAACAUCUGACAGAGCUGCAUCUGUUGGGAAACAAUCUGGAAGACUCAGGAAUCCGAGUGCUUAUGGAACUAACAAAGAACCAGAAAUACUCAUUGCAUACAAUAGAUGUCUCAGCAGAUUGAGGAGACAGGCAGAAUGCAGAGAACACAGGCUGCUCAAUCUGGCUUCUGGUCCAUGUAGUCAUACACCAUCAACUUGAUAAUUUGAAGGUCAUUGUGUUUCAGCACAUAGUGUAACUGCAGUAUCUGUUCUUUCCACUCUUGUUUCAUUCAUUUGGCUUUAUCUGCUCUGUUUAAAGAUUAUUUUCAGAAACUAUGUGGAUAUAACCAGUGAGUUUUUUAAAGCACACAAUUUAUUUUUUCUUUUUUUAUUAGCACUUUAUGUAUUUCUUUUUAUCCAGUGCCUUAGUGUUAAACUACACAAGUUAAGUAUACAGUACAGUACUUAAAAAUGUGAAGGAACUGAAUGAUGAAUUGUCUCAAGUACUGAUUUAUCUGUUCAUAUUGAAUUGAGUUUUUCUGUCCCUACAGUGUUUUUGUUAUGUAUCAUACAUACUGAUGGAUCUGAAACAAGAGAACAUGUAAUCUCUGUGACCACAAAAUAAAUACAGGUCUUCUUGCUGAAAAAUG